AUGUUCGCCAACAAAAAUUACAAACGCGACGUGGACCACGCUUUCGAGCUGAGCCGCUUCGUUUUUCGGCUGCUGGGUAUCUGGCCGUACGCGCGUACAAAGCCCCACUUACCGGAGACCUUCGAGAGACUCGCGGUGGUUCUCGUUUCCUACAUCCUCCUCAUCUGCGAAUUGAUCCCGUCGAUUCUGUACAUGGCUGUCGUGCAAAAAGAGACCCGCGGCAGGCUGAAAGUCGUCGCCACCGUGAUAUACACGAUAAUGGCGAUGGCCAAGUACGGCCAAUUACUGUUCAGCAGGGAUCGAGUGAGAGACUGUCUCGCGCAGGUCGAGGACGAUUGGCGGGAUGUCGAGUCGCGCGAUCGCGACGUGAUGAUCGACAAGGCCAGAACUGGCAGGCGUUUGCUCAUAAUUUGCGCCAUAUUCAUGUACACCUCUGGAGUGUCUUUCCGAACGGCCAUACCGUUGUCUCGCGGAAAGAUCGUCACCGCACAGAACGUCACGAUCAGGCAUCUACCGUGCCCGACUUACUUCGUUCUGUUCGACGUGCAGCUCAGCCCCGCUUACGAGAUCGUGUUCCUCAUGCAGUUCUUCUCCGGAUUCGUCAAAUGUACGAUCACGACGGCGGUGUGCGGCCUCGCCGGUCUCUUUGUAAUGCACAUUUGCGCGCAGCUGGAGAUACUGAUGGCCCUGAUGAACAAUCUGGUAAACGAACGUGAAUUUAAAAAUGUGAACGAAAGAUUGUUUGCCACAAUUGUUAAGCAUCAGAUCAAAACGCGAAAGUAA